AUGAAAGAUGUUGGACAUUUAAGUUAUUUCUUGGGACUUGAAAUAGCUUUCGACAAAUCCAGUUACUAUUUAUCACAAACUAAGUACGCAACUGAUCUCAUAUCUCGGGCUGGUAUUACUGACACAAAAGUUGUGAACACACCAUUUAACUCCACAGAACAUUUGGCUGCUACUGAUGGUACUCCAUUAAGUGAUGAAACACUUUAUCGACAACUAGUUGGUAGUCUUAUAUAUCUUACUAUCACUCGGCCAAAUAUUGCAUAUGUUGUCCAUAUCGUUAGUCAAUUUAUAUCAUCUCCUCGUGCAACUCAUUUCUUUGUCGUUCUUCGUAUAUUACGAUACAUUAGAGGAACUUUAUUUCAUGAACUAAAUUUUGCUCACUCUUCUCCUCUAGAGUUACGAGCAUACUCUAAUGCUGAUUGGGUAGGUGAUUCAAUUGAUCGUCGAUCCACUAUUGGCUAUUGUUUCUUUCUUGGCACAUCUCUCAUUUCAUGGAGAAGUAAGAAACAAACUGUUGUUUCUCGUUCUAGUACAGAAUCCGAAUAUCGUGCUCUUAUAGAUACUACCUCUAAGCUUCUCUAG